AUGUAUCGAGGUGAUCGUAGAAUUGGCGCCAUCACCAAUCCCUUCUCGAAAGUGAAACAUUUUACAUCAACGACUGCUCCUUCACCCGAUCCCAAUCGGAUCACAUGGGAAGAUUUAAUGACCGAUGAAUACUUUCAUUCAGUGAAAGAGGAAUACACUUCUAGUAAACAUCAGCCUUUCCAUGAACAACCAUUAGGUUUCAAUCCCAAUGAACCCAUUGUUUGGAUUGAUAUUGAAACAUCGGGACUCGAUAUCAAUAAGGACAAAAUUUUGGAAAUUUCGUGUGUAAUUACGGAUAGCAAUUUAAAUUUAAUAUCGGAACAUGAGAGUAUGGUCAUUAAUUAUCCUGAAGAAUUUAUUAACAAGAAUUUCUCGGAAUGGUGUAAAAAACAGCACAUGUUGAGUGGACUCACAGAUGAUGUCCGUACCUCGACUUUGACCAUCAAAGAUGCUGAAAUUAAUCUUGUCAAAUUUUUGAAUCGUUUCACUAGGAAAUUACAAACGAAUUUGGCCGGAAACUCUAUUCACUUUGAUAAGCAAUUUUUGCAAAAAGAGAUGCCACUUGUUGACUCUAUUUUUCCUCACAGACUUAUUGAUGUGAGCAGUUUUGGAGAGUUGUGCAAGCGUUGGAAUCCUCAACUCUAUGCGCAGAGACCAGCCAAAGUAAAAUUGCAUCGUUCCAGAGCAGAUAUCUAUGAAAGCAUUCGAGAAAUGAUGUUUUAUAGAAAGUAUAUCUUUUCCAAUUUAUUAAGAAAAUAG